AAGAAUGACGGCAUCGGAAUUUGGGUAUCCCAAAACCAACGGAUUCAGUGAAAGCAAAACUGAGAAGAACAAAAUAUGGAAAGAAGACUCAGUUAUCAACGCUAAACUCAUAGGAACGGAUUACUCAUACAAACAUCAAGUUGUUUGGAAAAACGCUAUAGGAUUUUUAAUACUCCAUAUCCUCGCUCUAUGGGGACUUGGUAUUCUUCUCACGGGGGGUGUCACCUUGAAGACAUUUUUAUGGAGUGUUUUUGUAGCGUUCAUAAGCACUGAGGGAGUGACCAUAGGAGCACAUAGAUUUUAUACUCACAAAUCGUUUAAAGCAACGUCUUUCCUUCGAGCAGUAUUUUUAUUGGCGCAGACAAUCGCAGGACAGAAUUCUAUGUUUAUUUGGUGUCGUGACCAUCGCCUCCAUCACCGCUACUCGGACACCGAUGCAGACCCUCACAACUCCAAGCGAGGAUUCUUCUUCUGUCACAUCGGUUGGCUGAUGACCAAGAAACAUCCCUACGUCAUAGAACUAGGAAGAAGAAUUGACAUGAGCGAUCUCGCGGCUGAUUGGAUGGUCAUGUUUCAGAAAAAAUACUACUAUUACCUGUACUUACUCCUGGCGAUCCUGAUCCCCGUGUGGGUGCCGGUGCACUUCUUCGGAGACUCCUGGUGGAACAGCUUCCUAGUUAGUUACGUCUUCCGCUACGUCUUCCAGCUCAACGGAACCUGGCUCGUUAACAGCGCCGCCCAUCUCUACGGCACUCGGCCUUAUGAUAAGAGCCUGCAGCCCGUGGAAUCCUGGUUCGUGUCGUGGCUGAGCCUGGGUGAGGGCUGGCACAACUACCACCACGCCUUCCCCUGGGACUACAAGGCGGCUGAGCUGUCAGAGCUCUUCAAUUUAUCCGCUGAUUUCAUCAAGUUCUUCGAGAAGACCGGACUAGCUUACGAUUUGAAAACUGCUUCACCUGAGUUGGUGAAGAACAGAAUCCUUCGCAGCGGCGACGGGACGCACUAUGAGUUGGGGAAUGAGGGGGCUCGGAAGGCGGUGACAGCUGUGGGUCCUCUUCACCCCCUCAAUCCGUCCUACAACGUCACUUACCUGCCUCCCGACGCCGUGUUGCAGCAAGAGGGUCUUCCACUCUUCCAUGAGAAAGACGUCUUCAAAAUUGAAACAAGCACAAACGCAAACAGAAAAGUCGCUUCUGGCUAAUUUGCUACUCAUAACCCCAAUGGUUUUUCUAGGCGAAUAUUAUGAUCUCCGAAAGUUUUAUGAAAGUGAACGUAGAAAGAACAAUAUUUUGUACUCGGCUGUACAGUAUGUACAAUUAAGAUUUUUGAUAGAGCUUAUGAAUUUUAAAUAGUUAGAUUUAAAUAAAUUAUGUAUUUUUUUUUAUUACGUUUUCUAUAGUUAGACACCAAUUGUAUUGUGUUAAAAUAAUGAUUAGUACGAUCUAAGUGCCUUAAGUUAAGUAAUCACUUGUCCUAACUGUGCCCUAAUAAGUAAUAUGUA